CUUUUCCUCCGUUUUUUACUUCGAACCUGGUUAUUCAUAUACGCUCCUUAAUCUCUCCAUGUCCCAUUAAUCAAAUGCAGAACCACAUACACUCGGAGCACAUCAGAUUCACACCAGCCCUGGCAGCCAGAUACGCUCGCACCCAUGCUACAUUUGUUGUGAAGUUCAGAGCACUCGGCCAGAACUUGUUUGGGAUCCUGAGCUUCCAUGAAUGUGCGGGAAAUAUCUGGGCCGCACAACCUAAUGAGACUGAUGGUAUGCCCAUCAUAUCACUCUGGCACCUCUCUGAAAUGCUAAACACGGCUGAAGAGACAAUUCACUGGAUAAUCUACAUUGGCGAGACAAGCCAACACGCUCUUGGGACGACUACCGCUACCUGGCUGACUCAAAUAGCAAACGAAAAUGAUAAUCUAACUCUGCAGCAAAUAAAUCGCUGGUACGCGCAAAAUGUCACUAUCUGGCUUGCUGGCGAGAACAGGUCUGACAACUUUGACUGGGUAUUCAACUGACUCAACUAGGUAUUCGCCCGGCUGUAUAGGCAACGGCAAAGUUCUUUCCUGUUUUAUUGCCUACAAGUCAAUGGCGAUUCGAAACAACAGCACCUGCGCCAGCCUUACUACCUUUACGCCUGAGUUGUUGGUAUCAUUAGUAGGCUCGUAUAACGCCUAUGCCGUACGGUUUCUGCUCGGGAAGGAGAACCACAUGGGGAUAUUGCACUUUGGCGACACAGCACCUGAGAUUCUAUACCACCCAUGCUCGCAGCCUCUUACCCACGAUGCGAUCAUCUCACGGGACUCGCUGCUUGAAAUAAUGCUGCGUACGCAGUACAGGACCAAUGUUUCGGUGUUUUUGGGCAAGUUUCCAACAGCAAAAGUGGAGUCUCUGGCGUUGAUAGUUAUACGCAGUCUCGCGUAUACGACCCCGAUUAAUCCAGAGAAUAUGCUCUAUCAUUGGUGUGGGAGGUUUACAGUCGAGCUGGUAAAGCAUUUGUGUGGACAUGCAGUUGAGCAUACUCUCUCAGCUGCAAACCUAGUUGACAG